AUGGCUCUUGCCUCGAUUUCCGGAUAUGACAAAGUUUUUCGAGAUGAACUUUCAUGUCCGUUACAGGGCGAGGAAUUACUUUCAAAAGAAGGUUUUCCUCUUAGUCCUUUUUUGGAUGCCAAGGGCUUCGUUAACGCCCAUUUUGGCAUGACUGACAAAGGAAAUGAUCGCUCGAAGCUUCACUUCUACAAAGGAACAACUACCCUGAGCUUCAUCUAUACUGGCCUAACCGAAAAUGACAAGGGCGGAAUUAUCAUGGCAGCUGAUUCGCGAGCCACUUCUGGGGAAUUCAUUGCCUCGAGUACAGUGAAAAAAAUCCUGGAAGUGACCGAUCACAUAAUGGGCACUUUGGCAGGUGGUGCGGCGGACUGUCAGUUUUGGUUACGUGUCCUUUCAAAGCACUGCAGACUGUUCGAACUUCAGAACAAAGAAAAGGUAACGGUUUCCGCGGCUUCCAAGUUGUUGCAAAAUGUUUUAUACAGUUAUAAAGGGAUGGGACUCUCUUUUUGUAACUGUAAUUUUAGGGGAUCAUACUUGCCGGAUUCGAUAAAAAGCGGGUUGCGUAUCAAGGGAGAAAUGUUUUCAUGCGGUUCCGGUUCACUGAACGCAUACGGAAUUUUGGACACUUUUUACAAGCCGAAGAUGACUGACGAAGAGGCUUAUAAUUUGGGUCGGAAAGCGAUCAUGCACGCGACGUAUCGCGAUAUCGGUUCUGGAGGAUUCUGCAACUUGUUUCACAUCACUGAGUCUGGUUGGUACUCGGUCGGAAUGCAGGAUGCCUCCGAAAUGUCUUACGAAUUCCUGAAAAGUAUCGAAUAUAAGCCUAUAUUUUAA